GCUAAUAAAAACCAACUGUUUUUCUUCAAAAUUCCAAUUUCAUUUUCCAAAACCUAAGAACCCUAAAUCUUAUUUCCUUCUCUCUAAGAAGACAGACGAUAACAAUUCUUCUGUUUUCUUUCCCCGAGAGAAAAUAUAUCGAAAACGAAAUUCAAAAUCAAAUUAUCUGAUCUCCAAAGCGCUGCGUCAUGUUUCCUAAUCCCCAACGCUUGACGGAUCGAAGUUAACCGAUCAGGCCGGUUUACUUAUUUGUUUAUCUUACGACUGUUCUGCCAGUUGUGAAGGGAAGGGGGGUUGAUAAGGUGAUCGGACGGUGGAAGAGAAGAGAAGAUGCCAUCACAGGGAGACCUAGAACGUCAGAUCGAGCAGCUGAUGGAGUGUAAGCCGCUGUCUGAGGCGGAGGUGAAGGCGUUGUGCGAGCAGGCACGAGUAGUGCUGGUGGAAGAAUGGAACGUGCAGCCAGUGAAGUGUCCUGUUACAGUUUGUGGAGAUAUUCACGGACAAUUUUAUGAUCUAAUAGAGCUGUUUCGAAUAGGAGGCAAUGCGCCGGAUACUAAUUAUCUCUUCAUGGGAGAUUAUGUAGAUCGCGGGUACUACUCAGUCGAGACCGUUACACUUUUAGUGGCCCUCAAAGUCCGAUAUAGAGAUAGAAUAACAAUUCUUAGAGGAAAUCAUGAGAGCCGGCAAAUAACACAAGUGUAUGGUUUUUAUGAUGAAUGCUUGAGAAAAUAUGGAAAUGCCAACGUGUGGAAGUAUUUUACUGACCUGUUUGAUUAUUUACCGCUCACAGCUCUUAUUGAGAGUCAGAUCUUUUGUUUGCAUGGAGGACUUUCCCCAUCUUUGGACACAUUAGACAAUAUUCGAGCAUUGGACCGCAUACAGGAGGUUCCUCAUGAAGGACCAAUGUGUGAUCUCUUGUGGUCUGAUCCUGAUGACCGCUGUGGAUGGGGGAUCUCUCCUCGUGGAGCUGGCUAUACAUUUGGACAAGAUAUUGCGAUUCAGUUCAACCAUACAAAUGGUCUCACUCUGAUUUCAAGAGCCCAUCAGCUUGUCAUGGAAGGAUACAAUUGGUGUCAGGACAAGAAUGUGGUGACCGUCUUCAGUGCUCCAAACUAUUGCUACCGAUGUGGAAACAUGGCUGCAAUUUUAGAGAUCGGGGAGAAUAUGGACCAGAAUUUUCUUCAGUUCGAUCCAGCACCCCGGCAAGUUGAACCCGACGCCACACGCAAGACUCCUGAUUACUUUUUGUAAUUUAUACAUGCGUAUAUUUCUGCUACCAGUUUCUAGCACCUGCUCGCUGCUGUAUCACUGUAGAUGUGUCGUGGAAGUGAAAACCUUUCCUAGUUUUCAGUUGAGGUUCAUCGACAUUGUCAUUCUUUGAAUAGGAGUUCGUCCAGCUGCAGCGGGUGCUUUGUUAAUGUGCACUAGAAGCUCAUAGUAGUAACUUUGUAUAUUUUUCGAAUGGCAAUAACCUGUAUUAUAUUGUUCUGUUAUUUUGCACUUGAUCUCAACAGGCUAUACGUCUUGUUCUGACUCUGAACUGUGGACGCAUUCUAACUACCCGAAUCCAGUUACCGUUUUCUGUGUAA